AUGAAGAUGAUGAUGAAGGAGAUUCGGGAUCAGACAUCAUUCAUGACACCGUAUGCCACCCCGGGACCAUCCACCAUACCGCGCUAUAGUGGAUCACAGACACAUAUGCUAACAAAUCCAACUCCCUCACAUCAAUAUGAGAGAGCAUAUUCUCAGCUUAUGACGACCAAAGUAACUGAAAACUUUCCUCAGCCAUCUCGCGGUGGACCCCCAGUCAGCAGCCAAGCUAUGGAUUGCAAAAUGGCAGCAAAUGCUUUGGUGGAAGUUAUCGGUGAGAGUAAUGGGCGUAAUAGACGAAGGAUGACUCCACAACGCAAUAAUGGAAGCCAGUCAACUCAUCGGUACUCUAAUAAUUGUGACUCUAGAUCCCUCUCUAGUCUAAAAUAUCCUGACGAUGGAUCUCGCAAUACUCAAUAUGAUGACCGCAGUCCUCGCCAUACUCCACGAUAUGAUGACCGAACACCUCGUUAUACUCCACGAUAUGAUAACCGAACACCUGUCCAUAUUCCACGAUAUGAUGACCGAACACCUCGCCAUACUCCACGAUAUGAUGACCGUACACCUCGCCAUACUCCACGAUAUGAUGACCGUACACCUCGCCAUACUCCACGAUAUGAUGACCGUACACCUCGCCAUACUCCACGAUAUGAUGACCGUACACCUCGCCAUACUCCACGAUAUGAUGACCGUAAACCUCGCCAUACUCAAUAUGAUAACCGCAAACAUCGCCAUACUCGUCAAUAUGAUGACCGAAAACAUCGCCGUACUCGUCAGUAUGAUAACCGCACAUCUCGCCAUACUCCACGAUUUGAUGACCACACAUCUCGCAGUACUCUUCAAUAUGAUGUCCGCACACCUCGCCAUACUCCUCAGUAUGAUGACCACACGCGUCGCAAUUCUAAACGAUAUGAUGACCGCACAUCUCGCCGUACUCCUCAAUAUGAUGACUACUCAGCUCGCCGUACUCCACGAUAUGAUGCUCACACACCCAGCAAUGUAAAGACUCAGACACAAUGGCAUUCAGAAUUGGAACUAAAGGAGUUGCAGUUAGAGGCAGAACAAGCUCAGAAGAGGAUUUUAGAGAGACCACCUAUCAUGUCCCAGUUUAUUUACUCAAAAGCAGAGGAGAGUGAAGAAGAGCAAGAAGAAUAUGAAGAAAAUGAAAGGAAAAAAUUGAAAAAACUAAAAACUGCUGUAGCUGACUCUUCGGAAGAGGUUGACGACGAUGAUGAACAGAAAAUUCGCGAAGAAAAUAAAGACUUCAUUAACGACGACGAUGAAGAGGAUGAUGAAGGAGAUUCGGAGUCAGACAGUGAAAACUAUGGCAAACGAAAACGGCGGAACGACGAUGAUGACGAAUCAUCAUCAUCAUUCUCUCAUAGUUUCUCAAAAUACGCUAAUGCUCCUGUCACACCUUCAGAUCAGACAUCAUUCAUGACACCGUAUGCCACCCCGGGACCAUCCACCAUACCGCGUUAUAGUGGAUCACAGACACGUAUGCUAACAAACCCAACUCCUUCACAUCAAUAUGAGGGUGCAUAUUCUCAACAUUUGAUGACCAAAACAACUAAAAACUUUCCUCAGCCAUCUCGCGGUGGACCCCCAGUCAGCAGCCAAGCUAUGGAUUGCAAAAUGGCAGCAAAUGCUUUGGUGGAAGUUAUCGGUGAGAGUAAUGGGCGUAAUAGACGAAGGAUGACUCCACAACGCAAUAAUGGAAGCCAGUCAACUCAUCGGUACUCUAAUAAUUGUGACUCUAGAUCCCUCUCUAGUCUAAAAUAUCCUGACGAUGGAUUUCGCAAUACUCAAUAUGAUGACCGCAGUCCUCGCCAUACUCCACGAUAUGAUGACCGAACACCUCGUUAUACUCCACGAUAUGAUGACCGAACACCUGUCCAUAUUCCACGAUAUGAUGACCGAACACCUCACCAUACUCCACGAUAUGAUGACGGUACACCUCGCCAUACUCCACGAUAUGAUGACCGUACACCUCGCCAUACUCCACGAUAUGAUGACCGUACACCUCGCCAUACUCCACGAUAUGAUGACCGAACACCUCACCAUACUCCACGAUAUGAUGACAGUACACCUCGCCAUACUCCACGAUAUGAUGACCGUACACCUCGCCAUACUCCACGAUAUGAUGAACGUAAACCUCGCCAUACUCAAUAUGAUAACCGCAAAUAUCGCCAUACUCGUCAAUAUGAUGACCGAAAACAUCGCCGUACUCGUCAGUAUGAUAACCGCACAUCUCGCCAUACUCCACGAUUUGAUGACCACACAUCUCGCAGUACUCUUCAAUAUGAUGUCCGCACACCUCGCCAUACUCCUCAGUAUGAUGACCACACGCGUCGCAAUUCUAAACGAUAUGAUGACCGCACAUCUCGCCGUACUCCUCAAUAUGAUGACUACUCAGCUCACCGUACUCCACGAUAUGAUCAAUACUCCACAAUAUGA